AUGGUCAAACACAAUAAAAGACAACGUCAUAUUGCAAAAUUAGCUGAAGCUAGAAGAAAUCGUUCUGAACAAAGCAAUUCAAUGAAUGUAGAUACUAUCCCAGAUACGAACUUAAAUAUAAAUGAUGCAAAACAAACUUUCAAAGAAGAUGCCAUUUCAAUAAAAAGCAGGUCUUUUUACAUGAAAGAUUCAAAAAGAACACUACAAAGGCAUGCUAGUCAAUUGAAACAAGCAGCAGAAGGAUCAAAGAAAAUCACCGAUUUUUUUAACCUUCAAACUUCCAGUGAAAAUCAAUCUGAAGAUUCAGAGCAAAGUGGUGUUGAAUCUGCAAUAAAGUCUGUUGAACAAGCUCUUGAAAACCCUAAUCUAGCCAAUAAUGUAAAAUCUAGAUUAAUGGCCAUUGAAAUGUAUUUUAGACAUUUAGAUGAUGGUAGGAAAAAGGUUGAUGCGAGUGAAUUGGUGGCAAUAUCUCUAGGGUGGGCAAAAAUUUAUAAAGCGAGAUGUAUUAGAUCUUGGGCUAAACAAUGGAUCCAAAAUAGAACAUUACCUGAAUCAAAAAGAGGGAAUCACCCAAAAAUGAAAAGCCUUUGGAAUCAUGAAGAUGUUGCUGCUCAAAUAAGGAGUUAUGCACGAUUUAAUAAAGUUGACAUGACACCAAAAAAAUUAUGUGAACAUGUUAAUAAUACAAUAUUGCCCAACAUAGGAGUAGAAAAUGAAAACAAAACAAUAUCUGAAAAAACAGCAAGAAGGUGGCUUAAAAAGUUGGGAUGGGAAGCCUAUCAGUCCUCAUUGAAUAGAUGGAUCCAAACGCCUAGACAUUAUGAGUAG